AUGGGGGUUCACGGAGUGUCUUCCUCUCGGCUACAUUCUGGUACGGGUUCACGCUUGAGCGGGUCUUCGCCUCAGACGGACCGCACGCGUGGAGGGCUGACGCCGUCGUCGGCAAAACCCGGGGCUCGGUCUGACUCCUCAGAAAAGCAAGACACUGACGAAGACUUGCCGAGCGAAGACUCCUGGUCAGUUGCAGCAACGCAGGCAGAUACGGAGGCGGACACACACGAGCCUCGACACAUCCGAGCAGCUCGGAAGCUCUGUUCGCCGCAGCCUCCCCACGCUGACCGAAGACGCAACGAGAAGACGAACCUGCGUGCUGGGAAAGACGAAACUUCCUUGCCUGAACGCGAACAGCGGGGGCUUACAGCGCCUCUUCGGCGCACGCUGCACUGGCUCCGACAGCGUGCCACAAAGAUAGCGUUCUACGUCGCAAUUUUCGCCGUCGCUGUCAUUCUCCUCUCGGGGCUGUCGCCCUACUACCACGGCAACCACACACGCAAUCUCGUCCGAGGUUCGGGCCGAUUCCCCCGCGUGCCUCUCCCAAACUCGCACUACGGCUUGCUGUUGGUCAAGCUCACGGGUGACCAAGACCCUACGCCAGAUUUUACCCGGCCGAUUAACCGCGCACCGCGAGAGCGUCCAGAAACAACGGCUGACCCCAGUAACGGCGCUGGCGAAGGGCCGAAAGAGGAGGAAGCCGGAAAGAUCGAGUACCACCCUGUGCUGGUGGUUCCGGGACACCGGGGGGACUGGCGGCAAGUGCUCCCUUUGGGGAAGAUUCUCCAUGAUGUCGCGCAGAAGAGGAACUCGGCGUCCACGGAGGGGAAUGAGGCUGACGCAGAUGAAGCCACGGAACACCACUUUUUCGGGACUGGCCACGAUGAAGACCAGCAGAGAGACGAUCCAGCGGCGCAGCCGAAGAACAGCCGACUGGGACGGAAAACGAAAGUCGUGUACCACGUCUACGUCGUCGAUUUCCAUAGAGAGCCUUCUGCGUUUCACCCAGCAAUUCUCGACAAGCAGGCCGAGUUUGUGAUCCAGUGUAUAGAGAAGCUCCAGUCUCUCUACGUGCCUGCUCCGACGCCCGGAGCGUCUCCGAGCCUGGGUCCUCCCUUGACUCUCGUUGGCCACUCUCUGGGAGGCACCGUGGUGAUGCGAGUUCUUUCCAAGCGCGGCCGCAUCCGAUCACGCGUCGUGGACGCGUCAAAGGGGCUGUCCGAGUCACCAGGGAAGACCUCGACUCCGUCGCAGUGUGAGCCGGACUUGUCGUCCUUUUCGUUUUUGACGACCGUCCUCCUCAGCAGCCCCGUGGGAGGCCAUCCGUUCAUUCAGCUGUCUCUGCCGUACCGCUUCUUCUACCGGCGCUUGUGGCAGGAUUUUGCAGAGCAGUUUGGCGUGCCCGUUUCCAAGGCAGCGUUUUCUCGAGCGAGGGCCGCGGCAGGCGGCGCGUCUCCGGAUGCGGGGCGCGGAAGGGCGGAAACGUACCCGCUUCGCGAGCGGCCCGAAACGAAGCCGUGUCUCCCGUCGACAACCUUUCUCUUCUCGGUCGUCUCGGGGUGGAUUGACGAGUUCGUCGUCCCUCCGUCGGCUCUCCCUCCGCUUUUCCGAUACCGGUUCUCCUGGAAAGCCCCAGUGGACGUCGUUCAGAAGAAGGACGGCUCGGAGGCUGACUGGCCCGGUGGGCGCGCGCGCAGAUCCCGGCUCCACUUCUUCCCGCUCUUGCUACCCUUUUCACGAGACGUGCACACCCGCCACACGCAUGACAACCUCAUGUGGUCCCGGCCGCCGCUCCUGUUCGUGUCGCAUCUUUUCCGGGAACAGGCGCGGUUCCUCGCGACGCUUCGGGACGCCGAACAGAACGCCGGCGAAGCGCAUCUCGCUGCCUCCGAACGCGUUUCAGGAACGCGCGAGGACUCAAAGCGCGCCGCCCAGAUGCUCACGGCGACUCCGGAUCCGGCCGCCGUGUCGCCUACACCCGCCGCGGUGCGUCUCUCGCGGGCGUGGGCGCCUCUCGCGCGGCGAAUGGUGCAAAGAGUCGACACCUUGACCGUGUCUCCGUUUGCCACGUUUCUGUCGCCAUGGGUUCCCCCGCCUUCACUCGCGUCGCUGAAGCUUUUGUCCACUGCCUCUUCCGUGUCAUCCGCGACGACGCCGGCCGCGAACAGCUUACAGUCGCAGGCGCAAGUUGCAGAAACGCGGGGGACAGCCUGGGAAGACGGCCUUUCAGUGCGGGCUGUCCCAGUCACCGCCAGUGAACUGGAAACUCGCCUCCAGACACUCGUUGAGCGGGUACUCGCCAAGGCGCGCAGAUGCGAUGGCGGACUCGUUCCCGGACAGUCUGACAGCCAGCGCGUGGAACGCGGCAGCGGUAACGCCUCGUGCGGCGUGCAGAUUGGCGGAACGGUCGGAGCCGACACGGGGUUAUACAGGGUUGUCUCGUCGCUCUCCGAGUUGGCUUCGCAGCCCAUAGUCUCGCCUGCUCCCGUUGUCCUUUUUCCUCUCGUUGCCGGCGCGCGACUGCCAAAAACGCUCGCAGAUGGGCCGACAGACCCCGGAACGAGCAACGGUCCGUCUCGGACUGUGGAUGCGACUUCGGAUGAAGUGGGGGUGCGCCGGCCGAUCUCCGCGUUCCCGAAGUCUCUGUUCUUCGGACUGAAGCCGUCGCCGCUUGCCCCUUUCCAGCGCUCAAGCGAAGGGGACGACUACAACGAAGCGGCGCUGCCGUUGUGUCGUCGCCAGCUGAACUUGGAGAAGAACGCUGGUCUCUCUGGUGAAUCGCUGGACGAAUCCGUUUCCUCUCAGAUCUCGAAAUACCUCGACAGACUCUUGGCUCGCCUGGAGGCCGACAAUUCUCUUCACUGCUCCUCUUCCGGGUCCUGCACGGCCCCGAGCAAGGUGAAUGCGUUGUCUGCAUCGGAAAGCGACAGGGCGGAACCAUCGAACAGGAUGGCCGAUUCAAAUAGUUCACACGCUUUUUCCUCGGAGUCUCUGUUUCCUUUUGCCCUUUUCGUGGCAAGCCCUGAGGCGCCGGCCUUGCGUGCGAGUCAGGGAACUCCUCGAUUCUUCUUCCGUUUCCUCCCCCCCUCGGUUUCUCUCUUUUAUCCUGCCAGGGCGUGUGGAUGGCUGCUUCCACCUGCAGCUGUUCCGAUCGGCUCAACAGAUCCUGCGCUUGCUCCGGCUCCGGAAAAGCUGCCGACUCAGAACGACGCAUCUGUUCUGAUUCUUUUAAACAUGAACGCGCGUCUCCCCUCGGCUAGGGGGCGCCUAGCGAGCGACGAGGUUGCAAUGCCGGGCGAAAGGAAGACGGGAAUGGAAGAAGACAUCGGUUUGGCCAGCCAGCAAAGUGCAGACAGCGGCAUGGGGCCAGAAAGCUUGCGUUCCCCUGGAGCUUCUGUUUCCUUGUCGCCCCUGCCAUCGUCAGUCUCAGCAUCCUUCUCCGCAAGCGGAGCUCCAUUGUUUCAGCUGUCAUUCUCUUCUCUCCCCUUCGCGUUCACAAAGUUUCUUUCUUACUUUCCUUCUGUUCAGUUCCUCCUGUCUCUGCUUAUUCCCAUGUCGGUGCGAAUACCCCUUGCGACGCUGACGUCGUCUUCGUCUCCUUCCUCUCUCUUGUCCACCCCCAGUUAUCUUCUUCUCCCGUCUCCUUCCUCUCUCGCUUUCUUCUUCCCCUACCAGUACACCACUCGAGUGGAAUUCGUGAGACAGCCUUCGGCGUCGCCUCAUGCCUCCUUGUCGCCGGCCCCUGCGGCGUUUUCGCAGGACUCCUCGAAGCGAAUGUAUCGCAUUUUGCGUGCUCUCUGUCGCCAGCUGGACGUCGUCCUUGUGGCAUGGGAACAGCCGGAGGCGGCGGCGGCUGCGCUGAGCGGCUCCCCUGAGGUUGACGGCACUCCCGUUUCUCAGUUUCUUUACCGAGGAAGUGGCGCACAACAACAGAAGUUUUCCAUGAAGGAACACUGCUUUCUGCGAGAAGGGCCAGACACACUUGCAAGGAGAUGGGGUUGGCCGUCGGGCCUGGCUGUCGAGGCUGUGGACGGUCGACGCCAAGCUGGAGAAAAAGCAGACGGGACGCACCACGGAGUCGACCUUGUGACUCCCUGGGCAUCGAUUUUUCAAAGCUGGAGGAGAAAACAGCAAUUCCUGGACGCGGAGAGUUCUCCGCACAUUUUCGCGCCUCGUUACAUGCCGCCGAACGCGACUGCGUGUACCAGCGAAGCCAAGCGACGAGAAUGGCGAGAAGAAGAAGAGAUCCAGAAAACGUUCCGGGACACCAGCUGCAAGGGUGACGCGCCACGAGAAGAGGGUGGACAGAGAACAGCGGGCACGACUGAGGAGACAGCGGUGCCCUGGCUCGAAGACGCCAAGUUCAUCAGAGACAACACAACGCCUGUUCUUCUCCUUCCCCUGGUGCACGUCGACGACGCGAGCUUCAGUGAAGAACUAGAAGACAUAAUGCGGUCGGCCGAAGGAGCGCGCACUGCCCCGGCUGCCCCUGCCGCUGAAGACGGCGAAUCCGGUGUAUGGACUGCAGAACUUGUCGUCGAAGCUACUGGCUCGAUGCUAUCCUUUUUCCGAAUUCUGCUCAACCUCUAUAUAUCUGUUUUUGUUGCCUUUCUCGUUUCGAUAUCCUGCCUUCUCCUCGUUUCCUGCCUUCUGACGCCGCUCUCCCCGCAAGUCGGGUCUGUGCACGAAGACGGCGUCGGCCUUCCGCCCGGGCAAACCGCAAACUCCGCACUCAGGACAACAGGCGCUUCAAGCGGCUGUCCCACCAAUGUUCAGAACGAUAGAUUCCUCGCCGCGCUCCAAGAGGGAAGCGUCUCGGUGUUCAGGAACUCUAUCGCUUUCCGUGUUCCUGUGUCUUGCGGCCUCCUGGCCGUUCUCAGUGUAGUUCUUGUUUCGUAUUCGCACGUUUUUUUUGCAUACUUCUGUCAUCUACACCCGCGAACAGACACGGAGGCUUUGGCCGAGUUGUCACCCUCGCUUGUCUCUUCGUUCUUGGUCCCGCCCUCGUCGUACUUGCUGUCGAUGCAGGCGUCGCUUCCCCCCCUCAGUCUUUUGUUCGUCCUUCUCGGGCUGGCAGGCGCUGCUUUUUGGUUGAUGCUGCACGUUGGCCGUGCGAUUUGUCGAAUUCUCCAUCUCGUGUGUGCCGGCUUCGCUUAUGUCACAGCUGUUUCGGUGUCCUCCCUGCGCGCACGCUCCGCCGAGAGCGAGGAAGAGGAGUCAUUCGUGGGAAGUCUCAACGCCAAGAGGAGUCACGGGACGCGAGGAAGCGGCUCCACAGGUGGUGAGAAGGGAUACGUGGUGCGGAAGCGCAAGCAAGACGCGACACCGUCUGUGGGAAUCUCGAUGGGGAAUGGCGUCGCGUCGGGACAGGGUUCCGAGAAGCCCCGGGCUGCGGAUCUCGAGACGCAACGCGCUGGUGGCGAGCACUCUGUGGGCGUCUGGUUGGUAUGGGUUUUGGCGAGCUUUCUGUUACGGGAGACAGUGCGUCAACCGCAUCAGGCCGCACUGAUAAUGUUUGUUAUUGCCGUUCUCGGAAUGCUUUUUUUGAUUGCGUGGGAGAGGAGAACUCGACGCCACGCGACUCGCAUAUUCUCGGAGACGAACAAGGAGGAACACAGCGAUUUAGGCCGCGGCUCGGAAGGCAGAAAAACGCGGAUCGGGAUCGAGCAGUCGAGGGAGGAAAGCCAAGUCACGGGCUGGGACCUUUGGCGAAGGAGGCGCUGCGUGCUGGUGCUCCUGUGGUGGCAGUUGCUCAUGUGUCUUCUCCUGGACGCGCUGCCGAUGGGACUGGCGUUCUGGCGGCUGGUGGGGCUUCAUGAGACGGCGGAAGGUCGCUUGUGCCAGGUUGCAGACGAAAACAAUUCGCUCACGGCAGCUAUGGCAGAAUCUCUUUACGCUCUUCGCCAGACAGAGUUGGACGACUCCCGUCAAGUUUGGCGUCUAGGUCUGUGGGUGCUAUCCCCAUCACUUCAGACGUUCCCCAUCUCCGACGUUUCGGAUGAAUUUGCCGUCAGAUACAUUAAAGCUUCGUCGUUCUCAGACCGCUUCAAUGCGUUUGUCUCAAUUCUCCGCCAAGAAGAAUCACUUUUCCAGGCGUUGUCUAUGUGCCUGGCUCUGGUCCCCGCGAUAUGGCUUCUCUCGUGGCUCUUGCUCCAGUUGAUACAGGAGAAAAGGCGAAGGGAAAAACUCUCCGCGAACGCCAUCGGAGAGGGCUUCGGUGGAGCAGCCAAGACGCCCUUGGCUGUUAAAGUGCAGACGGCAUGGCAGGUUGUCGCCGCUCUCACUCUCCCGACGCUAGCGUUUUGGCUUUCAGAUGGUAUGCAGAUGGUCCUGAGUGUCAACUUGCUGCUGCAGUGCAUUGUGUUUUCUCUCGCGGAACUUCAUGUCCCUGCAUGUUCUUAA